AUGAAGCUCCGUCUCUCGUCUCUGGAGCUUCUCCUGGCCGUCGUGUCGACUCUUCUCCUCGCCUGCUGUAUCGGACUCAGCGUAGUUUCAUGGCUCAGCCUGAAGCCUGAAGGUGCCGUUAAGCCAGGCAUGUUGAGCGGCCGCAUGGUGAUCACACAUGGAGCAGUUUACUCCGACGAGCUGAAAAACUCCAGCAGUCUGCAGUUUAAAUCUCUUGCCUUCAAUGUCCAAAACCUGGUGUCGGAGGCGUUCGGUCUCAGCGAGCUCCGACUGGACUUCCAGUCCUGCCGGAUUUUACACUUCAGUCAGGGCAGCGUGGUCGUGACCUUUGACAUCUGGUUCAGUCAGCUGAUCGAGGUACAGGAGGUAGAGCAUCAGCUAUGGGCGGGGCUUCAGGUGGCCGGGAACACGGGACUGGUGAUCGACAGAAACAGCAUCCACAUCACAGAGAAACCAGACGAGACUACAGCUGCUCCAACAACCAUCACUCCGACAACCAUCACUCCGACAACCAUCACACCGACAACCAUCACUCCGACAACCAUCACUCCGACAACCAUCACACCGACAACCAUCACUCCUACAACAGGGACAUGUCCUCCUCUUCAGACAUCAUGUGCCGAUGGAUCUGUGUGUGUUCGGAUUGAUCAGCUGUGUGACGGUGUCCCCGACUGUCCCGACGCCUCGGACGAAGACGCUGCUCGCUGUGCAACGGCGUGUGACGGACAGUUCGUGCUGAGCGGUCCGAGCGGUUUCUUCAGUACAUCAGACGUCUCGGAGACGUACAACAGCAGCAGCUUCUGUCGCUGGAUCCUCAGGGUGGAGAGAGGACUUUCUGUUCAGAUCAACUUCCUCCGGUUUGAAACAGAAGAAAACAUCGACACUCUGAAACUUUAUGAAGGCGUCGGAGCAGACAAACUGCUGACAGCUGAGCUCUCAGGCUCCACCCCUCCUGGGACCAUGUGGCUGCUGACAGACCAAUCAACCGUGGAGUUUAUCUCUGAUGACGUCAACAACCUGUCGGGGUUCACCGCCAGCUACAGCGCUGCCAACCUCUCCCAACUCUCCAAUGAACAGAAGCUGACCUGUACCUUUGAGCAGGGCAUGUGUUUCUGGCGGCAGCAGUACGACGAUGACGGUGACUGGAUUCGAACCCGCGGUGCCACAUUUCCUCCGCUGAGCGGCCCGAGUGGCGACCACACGCUCAACGACAGCUCCGGUUUCUACAUCGUGACUCCUCUGAGUCCCGGUCAGUGGCUCAAGAGCUUCAGGAUCUAUAGCCUCCCUCUGACUCCGCCCACUCCACCUGCCGCCUGCCUCAGCUUCUGGUACCACAUGUUGGGGGAGGACAUCUACCGUCUCCGAGUGCUGCUGUCCCAGCCGGACGUCACCGUGCUGUUCCAGAGAGACGGUAACUACGGCGACCGCUGGAACUACGGCCAGGUGACGCUGAACCUGACGACGGAGAGCACGGUGGUGUUUGAGGCGCUGAAGAAAGGAGGAAUGAGGAACGACAUCGCUCUGGAUGACAUCACGCUGACCUCUGACCCCUGUGGCCCCGCCCCCCCUGAACCAACCAACGUCCCGCCUCCAACAACGCCCCCCCCGAUCCCAGCUGACUGCGGAGGACCCUUCGAUCUCUGGGAGCCAAACUCCACCUUCAGUUCCCCAAAUUACCCACAAUCCUACGGGAACGAGGCCAAGUGCCUGUGGACGCUGCACGCCGCUGAGGGGCAGAACCUACAGCUCCACUUCCUGGACUUUGAUGUUGAAGCAACCUAUGAUGUGGUGGAGGUCCGGGACGGGGCGGGGCCACACUCCAACUUACUGGUUCAUCACUGUCAGUGUGCCAACUUCACCUCGGGGGUCGGCCUGGGGUCACCGGCUGCGUGUGCAGUCGGUCAGUUCCAGUGUCAGACAGGCAGUUGUAUCCAUGGUAACGAUCAGUGUGACGGCAACGCCGACUGUCCUGACGCCUCUGAUGAAGCCUACUGCGUUGUGUUACCCAGCAACAGUUCAAGUGCUCUACAGUAUAAACAAGUUUCCUCUCUGCUGACCGUGUGUUCUGACACCUGGACGUCUCAGCUGUCUGACUUCACCUGUCAGUACCUGGGAUACAGGUCAGGGGAAACCACUCUUCUGCCGGCUCGGCCACAAGACUCACCGUUUACAUCCUUCAACAUCACCAACGGAGCGCUGCAGACCAGCCUCAGUGAUUCAUGCGCCAGUGAGGAAGUGAUUUCUCUGAGCUGUGACAACCAACCUUGCGGGGUUAGAAAUGUCACUAAUGCACCGAGGGAGACGAACCAAUCAGCAGAGAGUAAACCUGGUGAUGUCAUGAGGGAGACAGACCAAUCAGCAGAGAGGAAACCUGCUAAAGGUGACAUCAGAGUGGUGGGCGGGGCUAAUGCUGAGAAGGGGGCGUGGCCGUGGAUCGUGUCUCUGCAGUGGAGAGGACGUCAAGUGUGUGGAGCGUCUCUGAUUGGCCAAGACUGGCUGCUGACCGCCGCACACUGCGUCUAUGGGAAGAACGUGCACCUGCAGUGGUGGGAGGCGCUGCUUGGCCUCCACGCUCAGAGCAACAGCGGCGCCGCAGACGUCCAGACCCGACGAGUCGAUCGCAUCGUGAUCCACCCGCAGUACAACAGGCAGACCAAACAGGCCGACAUCGCCAUGAUGCAUCUGCAGCAGCCAAUCAGCUUCACCGAGGUGGUCCAGCCGGUGUGUUUACCGGCCGAUGGUCAGGACUUCACAGCUGGAACCAGAUGUUGGAUCGCUGGCUGGGGACGCACUGAAGAGCAGGGUUCCCUGCUUGACGUGCUGCAGGAGGCGGAGCUUCCUCUGCUGUCCCAGUCUGAGUGUGAGGACCAGUUACCGGAGUACUCCAUCACCGCCAGCAUGGUCUGUGCCGGCCUCCCAGAGGGGGGGGUUGACGCCUGUCAGGGCGACUCUGGAGGUCCACUGGUGUGUCUGGAAGAUGGAUACUGGACUCUGAUUGGUGUGACCUCGUUUGGUAAAGGUUGUGGUCGUCCCCUGAAACCCGGCGUCUACGCCCGAGUCUCUGCCUUCUCCACCUGGAUCUCCCAGACCAGACGCAACCAGACCAAACCAGACCAGUACCUCCUAAAUACACCUGUACCUCCCAGACCCCCCACAGUACCCCCUAAAUACACCUGGAUCGCCCAGACAAGACCAGUACCCCCUAAAUACACCUGGAUCUCCAAGACCAGACCAGUACCCCCUAAAUACACCUGGAUCUCCCAGACCAGACGCAACCCCCCACAGUACCCCCUAAAUACACCUGGAUCGCCCAGACAAGACCAGUACCCCCUAAAUACACCUGGAUCUCCAAGACCAGACCAGUACCCCCUAAAUACACCUGGAUCUCCCAGACCAGACGCAGUACCCCCUAAAUACACCUGGAUCUCCCAGACCAGACCAGUACCCCCUAAAUACACCUGGAUCUCCCAGACCAGACCAGACCAGUACCUCCUAAAGACACCUGUACCCCCCAGACCCUCCACAUUACCCCCUAAAUACACCUGGAUCUCCCAGACCAGACGAAAACCCCCAAGACCCCCACAACCCCCACAGUACCCCCUAAAUACACCUGGAUCUCCCAGACCAGACGCAGUACCCCCUAAAUACACCUGGAUCUCCCAGACCAGACCAGUACCCCCUAAAUACACCUGGAUCUCCCAGACCAGGCCAGACCAGACCAACCAGACCAAACCAGACCAGUACCUCCUAAAUACACCUGUACCUCCCAGACACCCCACAGUACCCCCUAAAUACACCUGGAUCGCCCAGACAAGACCAGUACCCCCUAAAUACACCUGGAUCUCCCAGACCAAACCAGACCAGUACCUCCUAAAGACACCUGUACCUCCCAGACCCCCCACAGUACCCCCUAAAUACACCUGGAUCUCCCAGACCAGACACAUACCCCCUAAAUACACCUGGAUCUCCCAGACCAGACCAGACCAGUACCUCCUAAAGACACCUGUACCUCCCAGACCCCCCACAGUACCCCCUAAAUACACCUUGACCUCCCAGACCAGACGCAGUACCCCCUAA